AUGGCAGAAGGGACACGGGGAGCAUUGAAGGGUCAACAGCAAGAAAUGGUGCAGCAACAGUUGGAUCAUCAUCAGAUUGCCAUUUCUGGCAUGGCAGAGAGGUUAGAUCAAAUGUCUGAUGUUUUAAAAACAUUGGUAGAAACUGUGAAUAUAAUCUCUCGUAGGGAGAGAGACACUCCUUGUGAUAGAGAUAAUGAUGCUAGAUCUCAUGAUGAAAGGGGAGGGGUUCCAAGGAAUUUUAGAUUGGAUUUUCCACGUUUUAAUGGACUUGAACCUGCUGGUUGGGUCUUUAAGGCUAAUCAGUACUUUGAUUGUUUUCAAGUUCCAUUUCAUCAGAAGUUAAUGGUUGCCUCACACCAUAUGGAUGGGGAAGCUUUGGUUUGGUACCAAAAUGGUUUAGAUUCGGGGCAAUUUAAUUCUUGGGAGACCUUGGUGGUAGCUUUACAAACAAGGUUUGGACCAUCCUCAUUUGAUGAUCCUAUGGAAGCUCUGACUAGGUUGAGACAAACUUCUUCUGUGAGUUUGUAUACUUCUCAAUUUGAGGCUUUGACUAAUAGAUUGAGAGGCUUAUCUGAACGACACAAAAUGAGUUGCUUCAUUAGUGGAUUAAAGGAUGACAUUCGAAUUCCUGUUAAGAUGUUUAAUCCAUUGAAUUUAGGGGCUGCUUUUGGUCUGGCUAAGUUGCAGGAGGAAUAUGUGUUGUCCUCCCGGAAAUCUUGGAGGCCUACUAAUCACUAUGCUGAUAAGUGGCCAAUUAACACCACUGCUCUUAAUGACUCAGUUUCUCAGAGUCCUAAAGGCUUGUUGCCUUUUAAGAAGGUUAAUCCUUCUCAUAUUGAUGAAAAGAGAAAAAAAGGCCUGUGUUUCCAUUGUGAAGAAAAAUGGAAUCCGAAUCAUGUGUGUAAGAAACCUAAAGUCUAUUUUAUUCAACUUGAUUCUGAUAUAGACAGCCAACCAGAAGUUGAGGAGUCUGAGGUUUCUAUUCAUGAAGAGCCUAAGUCUGAUGAGGGUGAUAGCUUGGAAGUUUCUGUCAAUGCUAUUUCAGGAUGUAUUGGAGGUAAUGCUAUGAGGUUACAUGGUUAUUUGGGCUCUUGUGUUGUUGAAGUUCUGGUUGAUUCAGGGAGCACACACAAUUUUUUGGACCCUGCAGUGGUUCAAGCAGCAAAACUGAAAGUUCAGCAAGAUUCUUGUUUGCAAGUCUGUGUGGCUAAUGGGGAAAAAAUUGUGACUCAAGGCAGUGGGCAAGAAAUCAUUAAGCUUCAAGGCUCAAGGUUUCCUGUUCCCUUUCAUGUUCUUUCUUUAGGUGGUUGUGAUGUUGUACUUGGGGUCCAAUGGUUGAAGACAUUGGGCUCGAUUACUUGGAAUUUCUUGGAUAUGUCCAUGAGUUUUACUUGGGAGGGUCAAGCCAUUAAAUUGAAGGGCUUAACUUCUGCAACUAUUCAGAUGUUGGUUGGUGCUAAAGGCUUCAAGACUGAUUUUGUGAAUAAGCAAGGUUGGUUCUUCCAAUUGAUGCUUAUUGACCAUGAGCCUACUAAGGUGUGUGUUGAAGGACCAGUGUCUGCAGUACUUGAGGAGUUUGCUGAUGUUUUCGAGGAACCUGUUGGAUUGCCACCAAGACGAGAAUUUGACCAUCCAAUUAACUUGAAGGAAGGGGCUUCACCUGUUUCUGUUAGACCUUACAGGUAUCCUCAUUACCAGAAGUCUGAAAUUGAAAAGAUUGUUCAUGAAUUGCUGCAGUCGGGUGUGGUGAGACCUAGCCAAAGUCCAUUUUCUUCUCCAGUCUUGUUGGUUAAGAAAGUUGAUGGUACUUGGCGUAUGUGUGUUGAUUAUAGAGCUCUUAAUCAGGAAACUAUCAAAGACAAGUUUCCAAUCCCUGUUAUAGAUGAGUUGCUGGAUGAAUUGUUUGGGGCACAGAUAUUUUCAAAACUGGAUUUAAGGGCUGGAUAUCAUCAGAUUCGAGUAAGGGAUGGGGAUAUUGAGGAGACAGCCUUUAGAACCCAUGAAGGCCAUUAUGAAUUCCUAGUCAUGCCAUUUGGCCUUACCAAUGCACCUACCACCUUUCAAGGGUUGAUGAACCACAUUUUUAAACCUUUUUUGAGAAGGUUUGUGUUGGUUUUUUUUGAUGAUAUACUCGUUUAUAGUAAAACUCUGGAAGAUCAUUUGAAGCAUGUGCACACUGUUUUGAGCAUAUUAAGGCAACAUACUCUUUAUGCUAAAAGGUCAAAAUGUAAGUUUGGGGUACAUGAGAUUGAGUAUUUGGGCCAUAUUAUUUCUGGGAAGGGUGUGCAGACAGAUUCUUCAAAAACUGCAGCUAUGGUUGAAUGGCCCAUUCCUAAAACCUUGAAGUCAUUAAGGGGGUUUUUAGGUUUGACUGGCUAUUAUAGGAAGUUCAUUAAAGGCUAUGGAUCGAUAGCUGCCCCUCUAACAGAAUUGUUGAAGAAAAAUUCAUUUUGUUGGAAUGAAAAAGCUGCUGUUGCCUUUGAAAUGUUAAAAGCAGCUGUGAGCAGUCCUCUUGUGUUGAGAUUGCCAGAUUUCAAUAAACCAUUCACCAUUGAAUGUGAUGCAUCUGGUGUGGGUCUUGGUGCAGUUUUAAUGCAAGAGGCUCAACCUAUAGCUUUUUAUAGCAAAGCUUUGAAAGGGAAGGCAUUAUUUCUGUCGACAUAUGAAAAAGAAUUGCUGGCUUUAGUUUCUGCAGUGCAGAAAUGGAGACCUUAUCUUCUUGGCCAUUCUUUUAAGAUUAAGACUGAUCAACAAGCACUCAAGUUCUUGGUAGAUUAG